UCUGCUCAAAUGAGCUGUGUCUUCAAACCGCUCAGUUUUACAUGCAACACAAUCACAUGUAUAUCUGCUCAAGACGUAAAGAUAUGGAUUAUAUAGAAUUCCUUAGUGAGAACUUUAUCCCUUUGGUAACAUCUGACGCAGUACAAGCGGUACUCAAAGCCAUUGAGAUUUUAAGAGAAGAUUUACUAUUUUCUGCAUAUUCAGAAAAGGGAUCUAAGAAUUUUAUGGAUGCCAAGAAGAAUGUAACUGAAAAUAACAAAAAAGAAGUUGAAACGCUGGGACACUGAUCUCCAUCUUCUGAAUACACUGCCUUGGACUCUACUAUCAAAGAAGCCCUCACUGGCAUCACCACUCGCAUGACCUGUGCUAUCAGAUCCGACCAAUUCUAUAAAUUCCAUUCUCUUCUUCAGGAAGCCUAUAGUCUUAAGUCCUUAGUCAUGACCAAUCCCUUAUUCUUAAAAUUCUCCGCCUCCAAGACCUGGCAAGAAGCCUACUCUAUCGCUAUCGGAGACUCACCUGACCAUUCAACUCUCGCCAUGAAGCAGCUCAAACAGAAGCACCAGCGCUUAUUCCAAAUAUAACAGUCAGGAAACUUCAAGAACAAAGACGCAAGAUUUCUGAAGAGAAAGGAAAGGAAAUUGGCAAGAUUAGGGGGAUGUGGGCUGAAGAGAGGGAUAGGAGUAGGAAGUUAAGGGAGAUAGUGGAGGUCUUGAAGAAGGAACAAGCAGAGAAUGAAGAGCUUAAUAGGAUUAAUAUUGAAAACUUUGAGAAAAUUUCUAAAGCUUUGGAAGAGGAUCAAGAAGAGAUCAAGCUUCUCAAACAAGACCUUGAGCUUCGCCGUAAUCAUUACAAUAAAGAACAAUUAGCAUUGUUCUGUGAAGAUCUUAAUGAAAGAGCAAAGUCAUGGUACUUUGGAGGAAAAACAGAAAUUAAUUUUAAACCUGAAGAUAAUAACCUCUAUAUUGAUUUUGACCAUAAAAGGCAUUAUGAAUUUGCAAAAACACUUGAACUGCGACUUCCUGAUCUUAAGAAAAUUGAGGUAUCGUUCUCCUCUUCCUCUAAAGAAGCAGCAAUUAUUGAAUUCCUGAUAAAGCGUUAUUCAAAUAAGGUACAAACCUUCAAGCUCAGUUCCACAAAUACAUUGAGUUCUGUUUCUCCCUACAUGGAUGCUCUCUUCAGAUUACAAGCUAACGUGACCCAAAGGAUGAGUUUGUGCAAUUUUGAAAUCAGCUCAAGAAACCUCGUGCACCUAUUCAAAAGUUUCAGGUCAAAAGACUGCCUCGAAUUUAUAUCAUGCUCCCUUACUUUCUCCUGCACUCCUUCGUUCAAACCCUAUCCUUCUUCCUGUAGCAUACAGAAGCUAAACCUAUCAGGCUGUUCUUUCACUGGAGAUGUCUGGUCUUACUUAUCUAAGCUUAUGAAAGGGUUGUCUAAGUGGAUAGCUUUUAGGGCCAGUUUGAGGACUGUUAGGGCUGGAGGCCUUGGGAUUGGACGUGAGGAUGUAGGGGCUGUGCUGGAGGAGAAUGGGUUUGAGAAUGUGGUUGUUUGGGAGGAAGACUUGAGGUAAUAGUGGAGUUAUUACAGUGUUCAA